UAUCACCACAGUCAAUGCGUGCGUAAAUACCAUGGAGCUAUGGUUAUACCUCCAUAUAUUAUACCUCCAUGGUAUGUACACCAAAAUUAACCUUCCUCCCCUUCCCCGUUCACCACCACCACCAUCAUUGGUGUUCACUCACGUCACACACACACUCGCGGCGUGACUGGCCGCUCGCGCCUAGCCGGACAGUCAGUUCCCCUGGAGACGCGUAUUGGUGUAGAGGUUUGCCGCUCCACGCUCCCGCCACGAUAACACGAGUCUGUAGAGAGUAUCAAGGCAGUGGUGUUGGCGGUCCCUUGAAAACGUGGUGUUGAGAGCAUGGAGGCUGUGCUGUGAAGGAGCCAUUUGAGUGCGGAAAGUGUUUUUUUUGUUGACAAUAAUUAGAAUACUUUGGUUUGUCUGGAAAGAGAGUUUCUCCCCUACGUACCAACCCGGAGGUGAACGGAAGGCAAGACAGACGGAGAGAGAGAGAGGGAAGGAGGAAAGGACUUUCUCUCCCGUCCUCAAAUAGUGGAUCGCCUGCGGAGUGCAUCGCUUCUCCCUUCUCUCCUCCUCCCUCUUCUGUCCCUCAUCUCGUGCUCUGUAGUGUCAGUAGUUGGCCGUCGUCUGUCUGCCUGUCUUUCCCGUUGGGCCGCCCGUUCAUCGCCUCACGUGCCGCCAUGGAAGGGGGCGGCGUGACGUGGCGCACCUUCUGGGCGCACGGGGCGCUAUGUGCAGGCCACCCGUGGGAAGUGAUCUUCUCCGUCAUCACCUCCACUAUUGCUAUGAUUUCCUUCGCCGACUGGUAUAAGAUGCCCGGCCAGCCACGCACACCUCAGGAGUACCAGGGGCUGGACGUGGUGGUAAUGACAGUGCUGCGCUGCUCAGCUCUCCUCUACACAUACCACCAGUUCCGCACCCUACACCGCCUGGGCUCUAAGUAUAUCCUUGGAGUGGCAGGGCUGGUGGUGGUGUUCUCCAGCUUUGUGUUCAGCUGCUCUGUCAUCAAGCUCCUGGACAGCGAUGUGUCAGACCUCAAAGACGCCUUGUUCUUCCUGUUGUUGCUGGUGGACCUGAGUCGCACCAGCCUCCUGGCCCAGUUUGCCCUAUCCUCCUCCAGCCAGACGGAAGUGUGCACCAACAUUGCUUAUGGGAUGGCACGCCUUGGCCCUUCCCUCACCCUGGACACCAUCGUGGAGGCACUGGUCAUUGGUGCUGGCACUCUCUCAGGUGUGAGUCGGUUGGAGCAGAUGUGUGCCUUCGCCUGCAUGUCCAUCCUGGUCAACUACAUUGUGUUCAUGACCUUCUUCCCUGCCUGCCUUUCCCUCAUCUUGGAGCUUUCCAACCGGUGCUCCUCUGGCCGCCCCCCCUGGCAGAUGGCAACUCUUGCCAGGGCCAUGGUGGACCAGGAGAAGCCCAAUCCUGUGGUACAACGAGUCAAGGUGAUCAUGUCUGCUGGGCUGCUACUGGUGCAUGGCAUCACCCGUUGGUCUGUGUCCCUCAGCCAACACACCAUCACCCUCACUGAUGCUGCCACCUCUCUCAAUUCCUCCACUGACCCACAUGUCAUUGUCAGGCUACUGAAUGCUGGACUGGACCAUGUAGUGUUUAUGGUGAUCCUGGCUGCCCUCAUUAUCAAGUAUGUGCUGUUUGAGUCUCAUGGUCAGCUGGAGGAGAGUCUGAUUCACGACAGCCUCAACCAUCAACAGGACAGCCCCUCCAACAGCUCAGCUAAAGCAGGGAAGAGCAUGGCAUCUGGACUGAGGCAACGCACUCGAUGCCACACUGUCAGCUUCAGCCGGCAAGGAGAAGAGGUGGCAGUGGAGACUGACAAAGAGGACCGAGGCAGCCAGACAGAAGAGCAAGUUGUGGAGGUGGUGAGUGAGCCUGGUGCUCUAUCAGUUGAUGAUAGCCAGCCUCCCCGCACGCUGGAGGAGUGUGUGGCAGUGAUGAAGUCAGAGGCUGGAGCCAAAUCCCUGAGUGACAGUGAGGUGGUCCUGCUGGUGGAGAAGAAGCAACUGCCUGGGUACCAGCUGGAGAAGGUGUUGGGAGACCCCCUGCGUGCGGUGGGGGUGCGACGCCGCGUGGUGGCUCCCCACACAGCCCACCUCUCUGCCCUGGAUGCCCUACCCUACUGCCACUAUGACUACUCCAAGGUGGUGGGCGUGUGUUGUGAGAAUGUGGUGGGCUACAUGCCAGUGCCAGUGGGUGUGGCCGGUCCCCUGCUGGUGAACGGUAAGAAGUACAUGGUGCCACUGGCCACCACUGAGGGCUGCCUGGUUGCCUCCACCAACAGAGGCUGCCGGGCACUAGUCAAUGGCGUCAAGAGUCAGAUCAUCCGGGACGGCAUGACCCGAGCGCCCAGCGUCAGGCUGCCCUCCGCCACCCAGGCCACGGAGGUGUACAUGUGGCUCAGGAAGCGGGAGAACUUUGCUAUCAUCAAGGAAGGAUUUGACUCCACCAGCCGCUAUGCCCGCCUGCAGGACCUUCACGUGGGCAUUGCCGGCCGCCUGUUGUACAUGCGCUUUGUGGCCCACACAGGGGAUGCAAUGGGCAUGAACAUGGUCUCAAAGGGGACUGAGGCAGGAUUGAAGGCCCUCAAGAAAUUUUUCCCUGAGAUGGAGGUGUUGAGCAUGAGUGGAAACUAUUGUGUGGACAAGAAACCUUCAGCCAUCAAUUGGAUAGAGGGGCGAGGAAAAUCAGUGGUGUGUGAAGCAGUGGUGCCAGGGAAGGUGGUGACUGAUGUGCUGAAGACUCGGGUGUCUGCCCUGGUGGAAGCCUGCAUCACCAAGAACCUAGUGGGUUCCUCCCUGGCUGGCUCCAUAGGGGGUAACAAUGCCCAUGCUGCCAACAUUGUGGCUGCCAUGUUCAUUGCCUGUGGCCAGGACCCAGCACAGGUAGUGGGCAGCAGCAACUGCAUGACGCUGAUGGAGCAGUGGGGUGAGUACGGGGAGGACCUGCACAUCACAGUGACCAUGCCCUCCCUGGAGGUGGGCACCGUGGGGGGUGGUACCUCCCUGCAGCCCCAGGCCUCCUGCCUCAGCAUGCUCAAUGUCAAGGGUGCAAAUGUGGAGAAUCCAGGUGAGAAUGCCUGCCAGUUUGCCAAGAUCUUGGCAUCAACAGUGUUGGCUGGAGAGUUGUCCCUGAUGUCUGCCUUGGCUGCUGGACAUCUAGUCAAAAGUCACAUGGCCCAUAACAGAGCCAAACCCCCUGCCACUAAGCCUAGCUCUGCCUCUCUACCCUCAAUUCCCUCCAGUGAGAACAUAGUCACCAUCAAAACUACUAGUCCUACCAUUAGUGCUCCUCCUGCCCCCCUCCCCCCAACCACCACCAGCCUGUCCUGUCCCGCCAUCCCUGCCCUCCUCCCCAUUGCCCCUAACACCUCAGAAGACUCAGGCACCAGACACCCUGUCUCUCUCACCUCCUCUCCAGUAGAGCCAUUACAGUCACUUGUCAUAGAGGAACUUUCAGGUAAGAAAAAGAAUAAGAGUGCAGAGACAGAUGAGCAAGUCAGCUCUACAUAUGUUGUACCUGCAUGCCAAGACCCCCAGAACAUGUCCUUACCUCAUUCUUAAUGCAAUACAAUUGAACUGCUGAGUACAUUAAUUUCAUUUCUUCUCCAAGAGAAGUCUCGUGUAUAGCGAAGCUUCACACAUUGGGAUGGUUUUUGUAUCAGUGUACCAACAUUUUAUUUGUUUUCCAUCAUUGCUUCAAAAGUACUUUCUGAUCCUUUAUAUUAUAGUAAUGAUGGAUAAACACUUCUAUAGACUCCAUUUUUUCUGGUUUUAUGAAGUUGCUUUCUUUAAAAAAUCACAUGUAUCUUUAUAAGACAAACAUUUUGUUCCUCUAGAAGGUUGUUUAAAGCAGACAAUUAUUUAUGAAUGUAUUUAAAAAUCUUUAAGGAAAAUUGGAUUAACAUAAUGCCUUGAAAAAUUUUCUUUAAAGUUGUCAUUAGAAUGUGAUAAUAAUAAGCUUAGGGUUGUGGACAAGGGUGGUAUUUUAUCUGUACAUUAUGUUAACAUCAUGUAUUUGCAUGUAAAGUACAUGUAGAAGCAAAUGAUGGAAGCUUUAGUUCUUAAAGGACUUCUGUGCUGAAAAGUGGUGAGCUGCAAAGUGUGAAUGUAUGAAGCAGGACUAGCAGGCAGCUGUCAGUUAGUAGUGCAAUCCAGGGUGUCUUGUGCAUCCAGCAAUAUGUUUCUUGUUAAAGACUGGUAACACCUUCAUCAAAUUAAGUUAAGAUGUGUGAAACUAGAUGUUGAAAAGUAUAUUAUGAAAGCUUUUCAUGAAGAUGUUUUGUUUCAUGAAUGUAUGUAUCCUUUUAUGCUAAUUCUUACCUUCGCAAACAUUCCAGCUAUUCAAUAUCAUAUUCGUGUAUUCACCUCAGUAUCCAACCAGUGAUGCAUAAUGGUUCACCCAUUCAUUUAUAGAAACCAACAUAAUCAAAAUCAAAGUGGUGUUCUGGCAGUGAGUUGACUAUGUCCAAUUGUGGGAAAUACUCAGGAUUGUUUGGAUCAUCUUGUAGUCUCUCCUUGAGGCUCCUGAGUACAUUAUGUGUCCCUUUGACAUCAAUCCUGAGGGCGUGUGAGCAACUUGAGACAUGUUAUAGGAAAGAGAGAAACCUCCAGUAUAUAGGCUGCCUGGUUUGAAAAUUGUUUUUCUUUGGUUCUGAGAUAGUGAUGUACCUCAGUUCAUCCAAGUUGCUAAUAUACAACAUCAAUUUCAAUGUGUAUUUCAGAUGCUCUCUUGUAAAACACAGCUGCCAUCCUUUAGAAACUUAUCACAACCAUCUCAUUAGAAAUAUAUGACUUAUAAUAUUAUGUGCAGGUAUUAGAAUCAACUACCACAAUGUUGUAGCCACUAGUUAACUUCAUUAACCUGAGAGUGAUGAAAAAUUAUAACUGUGAAGAAGUUAAUGUUUGCAGUUAUUGAGUGAGUGCCACUCCUCUAUUUUAUGUACCUAAAAUAAUGCCAACAUACUGAUGCAGUGGUAGGUUUGAGUAUUGCCUCAUUAUUACACAUAACUCAAUGGCUCAGUGAUGUAGUGUCUUAGGCACCCCCCUCACUGCUGAGAGGAACUGGGUUCAAAAUCCUGGCUGAAGCAGGAGUUUGGGCUUUCAUGCUGUUUGUUCUGGCCAAGAUUCCCAAAGUGGUGUGGUAUCUAACUUAAUCACUCGUGCUACCAUUAGGCCUUUGUCUUCCAAUGGACAUGCCAGUGAAAACUGUUGAUCCUUCAUCUUUUUCUGUAAGCCAGAACAGCCAAUACAAGUUCUGUGGAAUUGAUCAUUCAGACAUAUCAGGAUGAAGGAUAAAAGAACUGAAUGAAUGUCAACCAGUAUGCACAUUGUAGUGAAAAUGAUGGUCAGAUAACUAGCUUUAAUCAUUCAAGUGUAUUUACUUUCUGGCAAAGAUGGUGCUUUUAAGUAUUGACAGGACGUGUUUGUGAUUUCCACGCACAAAUUUCUUUUCAGUAGUUGAUAGUAUAAAUGUAAAAAUAUAUUUGGAGAUGUAUAAUUUAUUUGAGUAAUUUUAUAAAUGUAUUUCUGGUAUUAUUAUUAUUAUUAUUAUUAUUAUUAUUAUUAUUAUUAUUAUUAUUAUUAUUAUUAUUAUUAUUAUUAUUAUUAUUUUGAAAGUAGUUAUUAUUCUGCUCUUUUUAUUGAAGCUCUUGCUCUCUUUAUUAUAAUGUUACAUAUAAGUCUAAGAUUUGCAAGCAUGUGAUAGACCGUUAAACAUACUGCUGUCUAUAUUGCUUCUUUCAAAAAUACUGUUGCAUGCAUGCAAAUGAAUUUAGCAACAGUGCCAUUUUCCAAAUGCCAUGUUUGCUUCCAUCUUACCCAUCAUAGUACAUCUAAGACUGUUCUACACACGUCAGUUUUCAUCAGUUAUGAUAUCAUUCAAGAUUGUGAAACAUCAGUCUAACAUGGUUUCCCAAUAUUUGGCUAAGAUAAUUAUAGUCCAAUAUUUAUGCACACAUGCAUAAAUAUUGGACUUUUUUUUUUUUUUUUUUUUUUUUUUUUAAGGAAUAGUCUCAUUUGGUUAGCUCUUGUCAGUACAGGUACAUUAGUUUUAUCCAGAAUUCUAAAAAAUCAGAAUACUCCAAAAUCUGGAAGUCAGUCCUGCCAACAUAAGUGUUUAUAUAUAUAUAUAUAUAUAUAUAUAUAUAUAUAUAUAUAUAUAUAUAUAUAUAUAUAUAUAUAUAUAUAUAUAUAUAUAUAUAUAUAUAUAUAUAUAUAUAUAUAUAUAUAUAUAUAUAUAUAUAUACCAUAGACUUUAUAUUUUAUAGCAUAAACUUCAUAUUUUUCCUCAUUGUUUUUGAACACUUGCACUGCCACCGCUACCACACCUAUUUUUUUUACUUACAUAUUUAUUUGCCACUUUGUUCAUGAGGCAUCACGCUUCCCACACCACUGCCCAGCAUCAUACCACAGCCAAUCCUGCCAGAUUUGCCAAGUAUGAUUUACCCACCCAAUUGGGCUGUUUCUGUUGAGAGUUGGCGGGGAAAAAUUAUAGUCAUGGGUUGACGGUUUUGGGGCUGUUUUUGAAUACAAAGUCACAGCAUAUUGGGGUGAUUAGCUUCAGAUUUCAAAAACACUUGAUACAUUAGCACUCAGUCAUGAUAAUACUCAAGGGGCGGUGCUUGGCUGAUUUCUGCAUGCAUCAUGAUUAUCCACUAGCACUUCUUAUUUACUGCUGUUUAAAUUAUUUAGUAAAUGUGUAUUUAUGUUAUUAUUUUGUGUUGUUUAAUAUUCCCUUAUUUGUGGGUAUAGAUGCUGGUAUAGAUGCUAUUAAAAAGGCUAUGUCUCCCCAAUGUUCUUUAGAGAAUAACAUCAUGUUUUCAUGUGCAGAACUGUUUGUAAGGAUUCAAUUAUGCGGGAGAUCUGUGGUAACUUUUAAAUUACAAUACAGAGAUCUAAUAAUGAAUACCACAUGUACUUACCCAAAUUGAUUAGGGGAAAAUAAGUAAGGCAGCUGCAAAUACUGUUUACAUAGGAAUAUAUGUCCCAAAACCUGGAAAAUUCUGGAAACCAGAUCCCAAGAGUUCCAGAUAAAAGAUUAUGUACCUGUACUAGAAUGAAGUUCACAUAGAUCUUAAUCAUCACAAAUAUGACUUGCAAGUUUUAGCAAAUAUAUACCAAAACUGUGAAUUACAGGAAAAGUGAUAAUUUAAUGUUUAAUGUGUCAUUUAAGUCAACUAUACAAUGACAAUCUCAGUUGUAUAAUAUAAUUGUUAUUGUUCUCAUAAAUUAUUUUAUUUAUUGCAUGUGAUAUUUCAAUGGUAUUAAUAAUAUUGCAAUUUUUAAGCAGAAUGUAUAAGAGAAGUGAAUCGCAUCUAAGGUGGUAACAUUAGUGCAAAAUUGAAGAAAAGAAUUUCAUAAAACUUGUCAGUGUGUGGAACUAAGAGCUUAGCAUCUCAUACCACCAGCUCUUGUAUGGUUUGGCCACAAACAGAGAGAGAGAGAGAGAGAGAGAGAGAGAGAGAGAGAGAGAGAGAGAGAGAGAGAGAGAGAGAGAGAGAGAGAAUGCAGCAGGCAACAUUAAUUCUGUUAUUUCUUUCUCCAGCUGCUGUUGAAGGCAAAGUACUAUAAUCAAUACUAUGCAGAAUUUAAGGUAUAAAUCUUGUGGUACUUGUAUCCCCUGCACCUUAAAUUCAGAAUGUAGCCUUAGUCUUCAAAAUUGACAUAACACUUCAUAUUCAAUAUUAGUGAUAGCUAAAGUUUGAUUAAUGGUAAAUUUUAUGUAUUUCCAUGGAAGAACAAGCAUGGCAAGAAUGCACUAAUCAAACUUUUCACUGUUAUUGAUAUAAUUUGAUAUUGUGUCAUGUCACACUUUCUAGAGGGUCUCAGCUACAUUCUGAAUUCAAGGUGCAGUGGAUGUAAAUACAAAUUAAAAUGUUAAAUUAAUCUUUCUAGAACAUAGGAUCCACUUCUGUUGAAGCUGUUAUUUGUAACUUGCAAUGAAAGCUAACAUUAACAUGGAGGAAGGCAAAGCCAUUAAACUCCCAAAUUCAGCAUCACCCACCAUGCUGCAAAAUAAUGGAAAGUAGUGAUGUCCAGCCAAACCUUGUGGAAAUGGUUUCAAGAGCUGCCUGGCCUGGCUGAGAAAUCAGUGCAACUCUCAUUUCAACCUUAAAAUUUCUAACAAACCAUUUUACACCUAUUAUUCCAUCAUGUAAAUAACACAUUAGAGAUGAUCAGUUUAGGAAGGUAAGGAGGAACUAUACAUGUCUCAUGAUUUUGCAGACUACAUAGUUAUAUAACAGAAUACAAAUGAGCUUUAUCUGCACCUAGACAACUGACACUUGUGUGAGUCACUUUUAUCAAGUUCUCUUCAAGUUUAGACAAACAUAUUUAACUGCUGGUGGAUAACCUUCAAAUUCUAGGAAUUUCAAGGAAUUCAGUUUUACCUAACUGUUCACAAUAUUGUUGUUUGUGCUUGCAUGGUGAAAACUUUACUAAGUCCACGUAUGCAAGAAAGUCUAUAUCUAUCUGUUGCUCCAAAACUGCCAACUAAACCAAGUCAAGCCAGACCAAACUCAGCAUAACUCGCACUGUAAUAAUUAUUGCACUAGUUAUGAUGACAAUGAGAACAGCUGCUGGUUCUGGGUGAGCACCUCUCUUAUGUGGUCUUGUUUACAGUUUCCUUUUGCAGUCUUAUCUGGUCUUUUCUCUCAAAUAUCAUUUAAUUUUUCUUGUACCUUUUCUCUUAUUUCCUCAAAAAACUGUACAGUUUUGUUUCAAUGUUGCUGUUCAAAAAGCUCACCAAUUAUGCAAUUCUUAUUUUCUAUAUACAGUCUUUGUAAUUUAUCCACAUGUCUUUGGUUUUCAUCUUUUCCCUUAUCCUUGUUAUCAGUCCAUUGCCUUGCUCUUGAAUCAAGCUGCUGUAGGUGAACAAAGCUACAUGCAGCAUCUGCAUACAGGCCUUGUUUACCAGCAGCAGCCUGGUUCAAGUUUUUUAAAAGGACUGAUAACAGGGAUAAGAGAAAAAAUAAAGACCAGAGGAGACAUAUCGAUAAAAUUACAGACUGUAUAUAGAAAACAAAGAUCACAUUAUUGGUGAACUCCUUUUUGACAAUGACAUUGAAACAAGUAAAGAAACACAGCAGAGUUUUUAGAGAAAAAUACAAGGAAAAUUAAAUUAUAUUAGAGAGAAAAAAAGAGAGCAGACAAAACUUCAAAAGGAAAUGGUAAGCAAGACCACAUCAUAGAAGUACUGUGGUAAAGGCUAAACCUCCUGACCUUCAACCACAACCAGAACCAGCAGUUAUCCUCAGCAUCAUAUCCAUAACCAAUGCUGUAAUUAUUACUGUCAAGCCAGUUUAGGCUGGCUUGACUUGGUUUAGUCAACAUUUUUUGGACAACAGAUAGAUGUACACACAGGCUUUCUUAGAUAUGUGGACACUUGGUUUGGGGUGUUGAAGCCAUCUUGGAAUGAAAAAAGUUAAUAAAGAUUUCACCAAGCAAGCACAAUAGCAUUGUGAAUAAUUCCCCUCUUUUAGUCUGGUAAUUUGAGAAUAUAGUAUAUAUGAAAUAGGGGAUUAUUCCAAUGGAAGACCCAAGUUAGGACUCCAGAUCUUUUUUCUCUGUGGCAGCAGUAGAAGAUAGCUAGAGAUGCAACAUUGCAGCAAUGAGAAAGAGGCUGAAGACAGUCAGAGGAGAGGAGUUGAUGAGACAAGUUUUUUGAUUCCACACUGUCUAAAAGAGUAGUUUAAGUGGAACCCCUCCAAGACAUGUGAAGAAUACUCCAUACAUGGAUGGAUAAGGCCCUUUUACAGUUAGCAGCUGGGGGGGUGAGAGAAACUGGCAGAGACGUCUCAGAAUGCCUAACUUCAGAGAAGCUGUUUUAGUAGAGAUGAGAUGUGAAGUUUCCAGUUUAGAUUACAAGAAAAGGACAGACCGAGGAUGUACAGUGUAGAAGAGGGGGACAGUUGAGUGUCAUUGAAGAAGGGAUAGUUGUCUGGAAGGUUGUGUUGAGCUGAUAGAUGGAGGAAUUGAGUUUUUGAGGCAUUGAACAAUACCAAGUUUGCUCUGCCCCAAUCAGAAAUUUUAGAGAGAUUAUAAGUCAGGCUUCCCUGUGUGAGCUGUUUACUUCCUAAAGGGCUGAAUGUUUAUGAAAAGACGUGGAAAAGUGCAGGGUGGUAUCAUCAGCAUAGGAGUGGAUAGGACAAGAAGUUUGGUUUAGAAGUUCAUUGAUGAAUAAUAUAGGAAGAGAGUGGAUGACAGGACAGAACCCUGAGGAACACCACCGUUAACAGAUCCAAAACACUCUCCUUACUUAUUCUAGUCUUCCUCAUUCUAAUACCUAAUUCUUUAAUCUCAUUCCAAUGCUCAAGUAGCCUCCCUUUUCUAUUAGGAUAAAUUUUGUCAAUAAUCUUCACUUUUCAUCUCUAUGUGGCUAAAUAAUCCCAGUGCACUUCUUUCCAUUUAUUCCACAGAUUUGUCUGCAUUUGUGCUGCAUCACAACACUUCACAUGCCCUAUGCAGAUAACUCAUUUUCACUACAAGCACCCUUAUUCAAUAUCCAAGUCUCUGAUCCAUGUCAACAAUGGCAGAACAUUAUUUAAACUACUCUGCUUAACACAUGUUUCUUGACACUCCUUGCAACUGACUCUAUGACACAUGUAUGUUCUUACUUGCCUUUCACAAUCCUAUUUCCUAUUUCUCCAUGUUUGUACUGUACUGUCAUCACUAACUAAAAACUCUUUAUUUAAUUCAUUCAGCUUACUGUGUUCUAAUAAUAAGUGGGGUUCCCUUGCAAGUAAUCCCUUCAGGAGUCAAUAUGACUCUAGCACUUUUCCAUUGUUGAAAGCAGUUCUGGGAAUCUCUCUGGAGGGAAGCUGUCACAUAUGUCCUGUGUUUCUGCUUGAGUUUUGGAAAUAAGAUAAAGUCAUGGGUUGAAAGACCAAAAAGUUACUGGCUGUCUUGCAGGUUAAUUUUCUAGGUAGAUUGUAGAUAGAUUAAACACACACACACACACACACACACACACACACACACACACACACACACAUAUAUAUAUAUAUAUAUAUAUAUAUAUAUAUAUAUAUAUAUAUAUAUAUAUAUAUAUAUAUAUAUAUAUAUAUAUAUAUAUAUAUAUAUAUAUAUAUAUAUAUAUGUACACACACACACACACACACAUAUAUGUAUAUAUUAUUGUUCUGAUAUUUGUAGUUGGAAACCAGUCCCAGGAGACUGCCCCUUCAUAAUGAGACUCUUCCCUUCCCCUCACCUUUUCCAAUCCUGAGACCAUAUCAGAUGCAGUACACUUCAUAUGUUGUGCCCUGCAUACAUUCAAUAAAAAGUUGAUGCUUGCAUGCAACAUUGACGUUCCUAAGUUAAGUCUGAGCCUCAAUUUUUAUUUUGUUAUGCAGCAAUGCCAAGUGUAAAGCAACAAGUGAAAGUGGCUGCACCUCACCAAAAUAAUGUUUGAUACUAUGAUGCAAUGUGAGGCAAGCUGUUGAACAUGAUCAAUACACACUGCAGGUAUUGAUUUGACAAACUUCCAAUAGUAAUAAUACCCAAGAAAGCAUUCUGGUAAUUUGCAAACCAUUAUCUACUACUUACCUAGAUUUGUAUGAACUGAAUUGGCCUGUGGAGUGGCCAUCACCACUAUUGUGCAGCAUGUUUUACCAUACCACUAUAUGAUGGCACCCUCUCAAUCUUGGCCCAUCACUGCUACUGUAUGACCUCUGCUGUCUAAUGCUUCAUAAUAUACAUAAAAAAGUAAAUCAGCUAAAACUCCCUUACUGACAUUCAUGAAGGUCAGGUGACAGGGAUCCCCAUGAAAAUGACCAGGCUGGCAAUUACACACAUCGUGGUCCAGACAAAGCAUCACAUUUUCACACUUGGCCCCAUCAGCCCUUGGUGAAAGGAAAAGUCUACACCCUAGAAGCCCAGGCACAGCACAGCUGCCACACAUUCACAGCAAAGUAUACACUGGUUUAUCCCUGCCCCUUCAUAAUGAGACUGUUCCUUACUUUGCAUCUACUCAAAUAAUCAACUCCAACCAUCUCACGGCCAAAACGUUCAGAGUAAUGUGCUUCAAGAAGAGUACGAGUACUGUACUUUAAUGAGGUGCAGUCAGCACUUUUCAUUCAUGGCUGUGGAGGUUUUUGCAGGUGAAAUCCAACAAAUGGUAUGAUGUUGGUGUUAACGGAGAUGUGACAGGUGAUGAUAAACCAUGCAGGUGCUGAUGACAUGUAAAUGAAGAGUGCUGUGAAAUGUGACUGUAUGGCAUGUGUCCCAUGGUGUGUGAACUCUUCUGAAACAAUCUUCCCCAUCUUCACAUAUGAACACACACACAUCUCCCUAUCUUCUUCACUACACACACUUGAACAAACAAACCAUUUCCAAUGCCCUUAACCAUAGACCACACAUCAUACAAUGAUAACCAAUGAGACACUGUAGUGAUAAGUAACAGCACUAAAAAAACACAAAAAUCUGACCAAAAGUAACAAAGCACAAUGGGUGACCAAACUGACUGAAUACAAAUUACAAAUAUAUCGGAUAUUUGCAUCUGCACAUUGGCAUUAUGUAAGCCUGCAUCAUGUAUAUUUGUAACAUUCACAUCUGCAUCCUUAUCACUCAGAAAAAAAGGAUAUGAUGGAAAUAAUUAUAAUACGAGUGAAAACAAGAACUGACAACACUGAAUACACUAAUCUAUGUAGGUGGGUGACUGAUGAGGGUGUAGGUUAACUAAGAUCCUGUGUCGAUCUUAAUGAUGAAGCAAAGAUUUAUGUUGCACAGAGGAAUUAGUAAGAGCUCAGAAUGAGGUGCAGUUUUCUCUCUCUCUCAACCAAACAUUAUUUAAGAGCAGAGUUUAUUAAUGUUCAGAAAUUACUUUACAUAAACCAGAUGAAGAAUCUUAAUUUCUUAAUUUGGCUGCAGUUUUAUGAAAAGUAAUGUUCAUCUAACAUUUAUAUUCAGUAUGAAGUGUGGGGGGGAAAAUAAAAAAAAAAAAGAAAUCCCAUUUACAUCAAAUAGAACUUGAGCAAAAGCAAUGUUUGUGAAAUGUUUAUAGCACAAGUCUCAACUUCCAACAAGACCAGCAAAGAGAAUCAAAGGACAGUAGAAUUUGCCUGCAAAACUCAAAAUAAAACUAAAUGAUGUAUUGCAUGCAGUAGUGUUGGCUGCAGCUUGAUAGGAAACAAUGUGAUAACAUAUGUCUAGAGUCUUCCAGAAAAUUUUAUAAUAAAAACCUAAUAUUUAUUG